UCAGCCGAGGAGGCUGCCUUCCCCGUCGCCUAUGUCAUGACCCUGCACAAGGAGUUCGAGACCUUUGAGCGGCUCUUCAGGGCGGUGUACAUGCCCCAAAACGUCUACUGCGUCCACGUGGAUGCCAAGGCGCCGGCCCCCUUCCGGCAGGCGGUGCAGCGCUUGGUGGGCUGCUUCCCCAACGCCUUCCUCGCCUCCCGGGUGGAGCGGGUGGUCUAUGGCGGCAUCUCCCGCCUGCGGGCUGACCUCCACUGCAUGAGAGACCUGCUGGCCUCGGCCGUGCCCUGGCGCUACCUGCUCAACACCUGCGGCCAGGACUUCCCCUUGAAGACCAACCGGGAGAUCGUCCGGCUGCUGAAGGGCUUCGGGGGGAAGAACAUCACCCCUGGGGUGCUGCCACCCCCCCACGUCACCGCCCGCACCAAAUAUGUGCAC